UUCGACUCUCGGCAAAUAAAAGGCGUUUUCUUGUUUUAGGUGGUUUUAGGUCAACGGAUUCAUGGAACUCGCCUCAAGGGAUUCAUAUCGCGUAUAUGCGCCACUGCUCUCAAGAUCUCGUGUUUGCAUUUUCUUACGGAUCAGGAGCUUUUCAACAACAUGGACAAAAAUCUACCGAGGGAAAUGUAGUGGAUCUCAUUCUGGUGGUGGAUGAUGCCGAGACAUUUCACCGAUUGAAUUUGGAACGUAAUUCGAAGCAUUAUUCUUCCAUGAAAUACCUCGGUCCACAUCUGCUGGCUUCAUUUCAAGAAAAGUGGGGGGCUCGAGUUUACUUCAACACACUCGUCCCUUAUAAACAUGGGUUACUCAAGUAUGGAGUGAUAUCAUCAUCCGCUUUGGUUGCAGAUCUUCUUGACUGGGAAUGGAUGUAUAUAAGUGGCCGGUUACACAAGCCCGUCAUGCCUCUAGUGUUGCCGCACUCGAGCCAUCCAUUACGAUCUGCCCUUAAGCAUAACCUACAGAAUGCCAUGCACACGGCGCUUCUUCUUCUUCCUGACACGUUUCAAGAAGAAACUCUCUACCAGACCUUGGCCGGCCUUUCCUACUCAGGUGAUUUCCGAAUGAGUUUUGGUGAAGAUCGUAAUAAAGUCAAGAAUAUCGUCACACCACAAAUCGGUAAAUUUCGUGAAUUAUAUUCUUCCCUUUGGCCCGGAUUGGCUGCGUAUGCGGAGUUCAAUACCUCUUCAGGGAGGUGCGAGCAGGACACUAGCCCUGGUGCUCGAAUGUUUCACCUCAACUUAUUGCCCAAGCAGAUUCAGCAAACAAUAGUGCACGAAUGGAACCGUGACGGACGAUGGCAAGAUGUAGAGGAUGUUUUCCGCGCUGCUGCCCAUGAUACUGAAUGCCCUGAACUCGUUAAAGAAGCUGUACAAAAAACAGUCAAAGCUUCAAGUUGGACUCAAAGUAUUAAAGGAAUACCAACUGCCGGGUUCGUCAAAGCCGUCCGAUAUGGAUUUGCCAAAAUUAACAAGUUUUGGAAGAGUCUGAAGAAGAAUCCCCAUGAUUCGGAAUAACGUUUUGUAAAUAGACGAGAAGAAUAUACUUAGCCUGUUUUAGGCAAGACACAA